GGGGCGGGCUGCGCGCCCUGAGGGGAGGCGGAGGGCGGGCCGGGCCCUGAGGAGGUUUAACCGGCCCCUCCAGCCCUCAGGAUGAAGCGGCGCUGGGCUGGGCCGUGGGAGGGGGCCGCUGAGAUGUACUGGCCCUCGGGGUUCAAUUAUAGCCGGCCCUGGCCCGUAAAGAGGCUCCGAAGGCGGCAGCCCCAAGGGCGAGGUGAGCGGCGGCGGCGGGGUUCGGGAUGUUCAGAUGACAUAUUAGAUGAGGCAACAAGGCACCACCUGUUCACAGACACUUUCUGUAGGGUUUGCUGGGCAGUGCUGCCAUUUGAAUCCCAAAGGAUGUCACACUAUGAGGGCAGAAAGCAUGCUCAGAACGUUUAUCUUUAUGUUCAAAGUCAUGGUAUGAAGGAUGAGAGAAUGAGGUGUGACAAAAAGAAGGAAAAAAUGGAUUGUACCAGUUUUCAGGUGGAUGGAAUGAGAAUAGUAGAGAAUAAGUACUGUAACCUCUGCAACAUGAUUUUAGUUUCCCCAGGCGUUGCAUUGUCUCACCUCCGGGGGAAGAUCCAUGCUAAAAAGCUGAGGCAGUUAGCAGAAAAAAGAGCUCUGAUGGAAGAACAGAGCAAACAAUCUGUUUCUGAAACUGAAAUGCCUUCAUCAUCUUUUGCAAGCUUGGAUCUGAACUACUGCUGGCUCUGCUGUGUUCCUUUCAAUAGUCCAUUUUCAGCCCAGGAACAUUAUGUUGGUAAGAAACAUGGAAAAAAUGUAGCACGGAAAAAGGUAAUGGAGGAGCUGGGAAUCAAACCUGUCCCUAGGGAAUCCAUAACAGAUGAUUCCUUCUUUUCUGCGAUUGGGUUUGGCCGUUACAUUUGCCCUAUUUGCAAUGUUGUACUUACAACUAUACUUGAGUACCAGUCCCACAUGCAAGGAAAAAAGCACAAGACCAGUUUAUGCAGAGCAACAAAGAUUCGCAGUCUCACAAAGAGAUCAAGGAAAACUUACUACUCCUUUCAAGGUCAGAAAGCUACACAUCUUGAGGAAAGAAUGGAUUUGAGAAUAGCAGAAGAGUUUCAGGAUGGAAACUUUGAUGAGGUUAAGCCUUCAGCCUUUAAAUGCAAACCAAACCAGCAUUCCAGCCUUUUUUCAGAAACCCAGACACUUCCAAAUAUUGGGAAAAAGAGAUCACCAAACUGCUCAUCAGCUUGUGAGUGUGCACUAGAAAAUGCACCAAAUUGUCAGUAUAACACAGCACACUGUAUAGAAGGGCAAGCGUUUGGGGCAGCUGCCAUCACAGAUGGCUUUGGUCUGUCAGCUGUAGAAUCUAAAGAGUAUUGCAAACUUGUCCUUGCUGAAACGUUUAGCAUCUCCUAUAGAGAAGAACAGGACCUUCAGGUAGAAUAUACUAAGGAGAAAAAAUACGUUAGUGAAGAGUUGAAGUGUAAGGAAGAGGACUCAAAACUGAAAAGAAAGGAAGAUAGUGAAGGUGCAGAUUUGGAGAAAGAAAGAGAGAAACGAAAGCGAAUUAAACUUGACAUAGACUUAGUAAAUGAGAAGAAAUCAAGACCUAAUAAAGAUGAAAGGCUUAAAAAAAAACCUGCUAAGAAACAGAGAAGAAAGCGCAUAAAGAAUCAACAGAUGCCCCAGAUAAAGGUCAAAACAGAAGAUGAGCUAAUUUGGGAUGACUCUGUCUUUACAUGCUGGUGAGGGUUUUAGCUUCAAGAGCCUGCUCCGAUUUGCAGAUAAUCUUAACUGUUUUGUAUGAUACUAUGGCUGUUGUGGUUUUUGUUGGUUUAUCUGUUGUUUUUUAAGCAAAGUUGGGUUUUUUUUGGAAGUGAGAAGAAGUCUGUCUUCUGAAAAUGGAUAGUAGUAGGCAUGCAUCAGUUUUUAAUUAUGUUACAUCUACAACAGUCAUUGCAGUGAUGCAAACUCGAAAGUAUGAAGGCUCUUCUGGAAUAUACCUCAAACAAGGAUCAGUAGCUUACAGAACACUCUUGGAAAUUCAUCAGAAUGUAUAGCUUUAUUUUCCUAAUAUUAAUGGUGCCUACUGUGGAGGUUUCUUUUUCUUUUUUCUUCUAGGAAAGUCUUUAAGUUUGGUAAGAUAUGUAAGGGGCACUACAGUGCUCCCAGGCAAAGCCAUAUCUGUAACCAUUCCACUGACUGCUUUUAAAGGAGAGUGAGGAAGGCUUUUGAUCCCAGAAUAAAGCUAGAUUUGUGACUCAAACAGUGCUCUGAAGAACCAGCAACACUUUGAAUUUGAAAUAGUGUCACCAGACCUUCCUUCAUAAUAAAGGUUUGCAUUAUUGUGGCAUGUAGAACAUAUGUAGGACACCAGUUCAUGUAUUUAAAAGCAAUGUCAUGAGACACGAUUUAGUAAUACUCAGUGCCUUCAGGUUGCAGAAAAGCUUUUCCUUAGCCUUGAUGUGGGAUCUGAAAGCCAUUAUGUUGUCAAGUUACACCACUGGGUAGUGUGUUUGUAGAGACACCUGUGCUGAGCUGCUGCUUUCAGCAACUCUGCCCAACUGAAACUUUUUGUUGUGGGUUGUUGUAGUGUGGGAUGGAGUAAAGACCAAGACCCUCAAGCCUUGAAUUGUCUGGUUUGUUUUAGUCUUGCAUUAAGAAGUUGUUUCAAAAGCCUUGAGAAUAAUAUUGUGUGGGCUUUUUGUGUGUUAUUUCUUACAAAUUUGUUUUGUGGUUGGUUGCAAUCUUGGAUUUAGGUUUCUGUGUUAUGAAGUUAUAAAUCUGAGUGGUCAAGUAAGGCCAUGAUGUGGUAUUCUGCAUAUACAAAAGAAAAAGCUUUGUUAAAGGGAAAUAAGUCACAGUUUACUUGCUUUUCAAAUAUGACUUGCAGUGUUGGAAGUCAGGAGGAGAUUAGCAGUUCUGGAAAUACGACAAAAGCAUCAUUUGGGAGUUUUUUUCUGCCAGUGAUCACUUCCAAAUCUGUAUUUGAAUUCUGUACCAUCCUGCCCUACCUGGAAAAAAGUACAAGCUACUUGUAGGACACAUGCACAAGCUACUCUAAGCAUAACUCUACAACUUUCUUGGCAUCAGAGAUGAUAAUAAGAUCCUGAAAGGAGUACUCUUGCUGUAUUUUGUUGAAACAGUGAUUAAUCUGUGAUGUAAAUGCUGCAAACAAGACAUAGCAGAUUCUCACCUAGCAGAAGCAUACAAAAUUACAGCCCGAACUUAGAUAAGCGAUGUUCAUUUUUCUAAAGUCAUUUGGUUAUUAUGUGUUUCCUCACCGUCUUGUUCUUAGCCUUUAAUGUUAGUGAUGAUACUUAUUUCCAAGCCUAGAUAUUUUAAUAUACUAGGCAUAUAGGUUGAUGACUUUAUUUGUCCUUUAAUGUAAAUGUCUUCUCUUUUUCCACUUCUUAGUAGCAAAGGAAUCCACAUCAGAAGCUGAUUCUGUUCAUGUCUUAUUCUUAUUAAACUUAUCUGUUCUGAUUUGAGAAACAAA